AUGAGAUGUAAACAACCAAAAAAAGGAUCAAUUUCUCGAGCUUUCGACUCAAACGUUUCAGAUUUUUUGCACUGGCCGAACAUGAAUUGAAUUUCUUGCCGCAUCGCAUCAAAAAUGUCGAUUUUUCGCAACAAACUGAUCCUCGGAUCCAGCGCCGUCGGAACACUGAUCGGUGGCCUCGUUCUGUUGAAGGACUAUAUGCAAGGGGCCAAAUUCCAAAACAGGGAAGUUCGUGCCGAAGGAAAAGUGGUCAUCGUAACGGGCGCCAACACGGGCAUCGGCAAGGAGACGGCCCACUGCUUGGCCCAUCGGGGCGCCCACGUUUACAUGGCAUGCCGGGAUAUGAAAAAGUGCGAAGAAGCCCGACAGGACAUUGUGCUGGAAACGCGAAACCCGAACGUGUUCUGCCGGGAGUGUGAUCUCGCUUCAAUGCAGUCCAUCCGGCAGUUUGUGAAGCAAUUCAAGUCCGAACAGCAGCGGCUCGAUAUUCUGGUAAACAACGCUGGUGUCAUGCGCUGCCCACGUUCGCUGACCACCGAAGGGAUCGAGAUGCAGCUGGGUGUGAAUCAUAUGGGACACUUUUUGCUCACCAAUCUGCUCCUCGACAACUUGAAGCUGAGUGCUCCGAGCCGAAUCGUCGUCGUGUCCAGCCUGGCGCACACCCGUGGCCAGAUUGCGCUGGAUGAUUUGAACAGCAGCAAAUCGUACGAUGAGUCCCGAGCGUACGACCAGAGCAAGCUAGCGAAUGUCCUCUUUACACGCGAAUUGGCCCGCCGCCUAGAGGGAACGGGCGUCACGGUGAACGCCUUGCAUCCGGGAAUUGUCGAUACGGAUCUAAUGCGGCACAUGGGCAUCUUCAAUAGCUGGUUUUCGAGCGUCUUCGUGAGACCUUUCGUUUGGCCAUUCCUCAAGUCGCCGCUCUACGGUGCACAAACGACGCUGCACGUGGCACUGGAGCCGUCGCUGGAAAAAGUGAGCGGUCAGUACUUUAGCGACUGUGCACCGAAGGAUGUGGCCGAGCAGGCGAAGGACGAGCGGGUCGCAAAGUGGCUGUGGGCCGUCAGCGAGAAGUGGACUGGCACCCUGACCGGUACGGCUGCCGUUUCCUGACAGCGGAUGCUACGUAUGAAUAACAGUAAGGAUAUUGUUAUUUUUACGUCGCCCGAGCAAACGGCCACUGGCGCCCAGCAGCUCAAUCCAUCCUCGUACGAAUGAUCGACGAUCGGAAUCGGAAUGUUAUUAAGCUACACAACUAAAAGUCGCUUUUAAUCGAACAUGUUUUUCCUUUUUUGGGCUCGUCUGUUAGUCGUUAGUUGAUUGGCGGCGCAACAAUACAUAUACACCUUACUGCCAUCGGAAUGAGCUUUUAUUGAUUUGCAUUCUGUGUGUUUUUAAUUUUAAAUUUCGUAGCACAUGACGAAAUCGAGAAACGCAAAAUAAAACCAUCGCAAAAAUGGCACAGUU